AUGGAUCAAAUGCGAGCACUAGCGGCUCAGGCCGAAUCCAUAGCGCACAGAAUACCAGGAAGCGCAAUCGUGGCGCGCUAUGUCCGGUCCUCUUAUCAAGAUGAUCCCUUCCGAUCAUUACUAGAGUUGAUCCUUCUCGCAUUCGCUCUUCGCACGCUACUUCAAAGUCGAACUCGCGGAAAUCAAAGCGGAAGCAACUUUGUCAAGCUUUCAGAAAGGGAGAUUGACGAAUUGGUCAGCGAAUUCAAUCCUGAACCUUUGGUUGCACCGCUCUCUGCCAUAGAAAAGGAAGAGCUGGACUCGGUGCCUACAAUCAGCGGCGGACUUUCUUCCAAGCCCAAAGUGCUGCUGCCCGCGCGUAUCGGUGGGAGCGCAAAGGGAGCCAAAGAGAUGCUCAAUCUGGCCAGCUACAACUUUGCUGGGUUGGCUGGCAGCGACAUCAUUCGAGACGCAGCUGUAGAUACGCUCAGAGAGUACGGUGUUGGAAGCUGCAGCCCGCCUGGGUUCUACGGUACCAUUGAUGUUCACAUGACGCUGGAACAGGAUCUAGCGAGGUUUCUGGGAGUGGAGAGCGCAAUCAUAUACUCUCAAGGCUUCAGCACCAUCAGCUCCGUCAUUCCUUGCUACUUGAAGAGAGGAGACGUCAUAGUCGCAGACAAGGGCGUCAACUUUGCUAUCCAGAAGGGCAUUCAGGUAAGUCUCGCUGCAGCAGUGGUGACCCUAAGGACCCUGAGUGGGCGCAAGCUCAUGGCGUGGCACCUGUUCACUUGCUCGCACCUCAAAGGCUUCACGAUCUUUUGUCCGGUGGUACGAACACAACUCUCUUUCCUCGCUCGAGAGCGUCUUGGCGGACGUCACAAAGCACGACAAGCGGAGGCGAGGAAGACUCACGAGACGCUUCAUCAUCACGGAAGGCAUCUUUGAAGGUGACGGCGCGGCUGUGGACUUGAAGGCGAUCUGCGAUCUCAAGAAGAAGUACAAGUUUAGAUUGAUUUUGGAUGAAGGUAUCAGUUUCGGGACUGCGGGAAAGUCGGGCAAAGGAAUGACUGAGCUUUGUGGCGUCAAUGUGAGUCCAGGGCGCUGGUAGUAGCCAAGCUGCGCAGAGGCUGACCAUGAGCUGGCUCGUCAAUCUCGCCAGCCAAACGAGGUGGACAUUCUGUGCGGUAGCAUGUCAAAUACGCUUGGUGCGGCAGGCGGGUUUUGCGCAGGUGCGGCCACCAUGACGGAGCAUCAACGGAUCAAUGCUGCCUCAUUCGUCUACUCUGCCGCUAUGCCAGCCAUGCUGGCAGUCGCGGGGUCAACGUGCAUGCAGUAUCUGCAGGCGCACCCAGAUGUGCUCGAACGACUGAGGAGCAACAUUGCAACGAUUAGGAGCACGCUUAAUCCCAUCGAAAGCAUUGUCAUUGUUUCGGAUGCCGCCAGUCCGCUGAUUCACGUCCAAGUUCGGAGUCAAGCCGAUCCUCAUCCUGCUUCUCCGAAAGGCAACGCAUCUUUGAGCGUACCUCAGGAAUUGGUGUUGGGUCACGACCUGACAGGACUAGAACAGGCAAGACUACUUCAAUUGAUCGUGGACGAAGGCUUGAGGAAUGGAGUGCUUUUGACAAGACACAAGACGCUGCCCAGCAUCAAUGCUAAAGCGCUGGAAUCGGGUGCGCACGCUAGACCUUGCAUCCGGAUUGCCGUCACGGCUGGACUGACGCAGAAGGAGAUUGAAAAAGCGGCGGGCGUGAUCAAGAAUGCUGUGGUCAAGGUGCUUGGAAAGCGGAGAUAG